UUUACUACAUUGUGACCUUCAAGUGCGCAGUAACCUUUAACGAUAGAUGACAACACCCCAUCGUUUCCAUGAUAAUAUGUCAAAAUGCUGAAAGGUCUUGCAGAUGUCCCGACUUGGUCUUCAGUUGCUAAAGAAACGAGCAAUUUGGUGUCAAAUUUAGGAUCACGUAUUAGUUUGUGGCGUGGAGACAUAACACAUCUCCAAAUUGAUGCUAUUGCAAAUGCUGCGAAUUCCCAAUUGAGGGGUGGUGGAGGAGUAGAUGGUGCGAUACAUAGGGCAGCUGGUUCACAAUUGUUAGCAGCUUGUCAAAAGCUCGGUGGUUGUCCAACUGGGGAUGCAAAACUUACUCCAGGUUUCAAUUUGCCUUCCAAAUAUGUGAUUCAUUGUGUCGGACCAGUCGGACGGAAUGAUGCAGCUUUGGAAUCCACAUACCGAAAGGCAUUGGAGUUGUGCUCUGAGCACAAUAUCCAGUCUAUUGCAUUUCCCUGUAUAUCCACAGGGGUUUAUGGUUUCCCUAAUGAAGCAGCUGCCAAGGUGGCACUUCAUACAGUGCUCUCCUAUCUCAAAUCUCAUCAAGAGAUUCAACGUGUUAUCUUUUGUAUAUUUAUGGAUGUUGACUAUAAAAUUUAUGAAAAUUUAAUCCCGGAGAUGUUGGAUUCUUACAAAUAACUGAGUCUAAGUCUGUGUUUUGUAUUCCUGAAGCAUUUAGUUUUUGACGACUAUUCAAAUUUCUAUUUACAAUCAUAUUUGAAACAAAUAAAAAAGUGUUUUCGACAUUUCAUGUUAUAUGGGGUUAUUUUAUUUUAUCAUUAGUUAACCAAGAGCGUAAUUCAAAUUAAUAUUUUUGUUUACAUGUGUUUUCUUUUUACUCUGGCCUUCGAAUAUUUUAUUUUCUCAAGUCUUAAUGUAUUCUAGAAACAUAUAGUUUACUCUCUGACCAAGUGUUAUUUCGGUCUUUACAUCAUCAUUUCCUCUGGUUUUCUACUGACUGUUCAAAUAUUGGAUAUUUGCAAUAAUCAUACUAAUGUAUAGUCUAUUUAUAGUGGAACAUCCACGUAUAUUAAGUCAAAAACACUAAUUAUCCAAUUAAAGAAUGUAUCUUAUUUUGUUUAAUGUUCAGUCAAUAAAGGUUGGUUAUUUUGUUGAA